AUGCCGUCCCAAUCGAAUUACCCACCGAUUGAGCUCCCCGCCGCGAAUGUCGGGCUUUAUGACUUUUUGUUCGAACGCAAGAACCGCGACUUUCCAGACGACAAGGUCAUUUACGUUGACGGAGAGACCAAGAGAUCAUACACCUUUGGCCAGGUGAAAGCAACCGCAAUAGACUUUGGCAAAGGAUUGAAAGGGCUGUGGGACUGGCAGAAGGGCGAUGUGCUGGCUCUUUACACCCCCAACUGCAUCGAUACACCGGMCGUUACAUGGGGAACCCACUGGGCCGGCGGUGUCGUCUCGCCAGCAAAUCCUGGCUAUACACUCGAAGAACUGGUCUACCAGCUGAAAGACAGCGGCGCGAGAGCUAUCGUCACCCAACUCCCUCAAUUGGACAUUGCCCUACAGGCUGCCAAGCAGGUCGGGAUUCCAGAUGAGAGGAUUGCACUCAUCGGUGAUGCGAAGCAUCCCGAAGGCAGGAUCAAGCACUUUACAAGCGUGAGGAAUAUCAGUGGAACCCAACGUUUCCGCCGUGCGAAGAUCGAUGCCGACAAGGACCUUGCCUUUUUGGUGUACUCGAGUGGAACCACUGGAUUGCCAAAGGGAGUGAUGCUCWCGCACCGAAACCUCAUUGCCAACACGAUGCAGGUCACAGCUGGCGAAGCGGAGCUCAGCUGCAAACCCACCCAGGACAAUCCGGAUGGAGACGCGAUUCUUGCAUUUUUGCCCUUCUUCCACAUCUACGGUCUGACUUGUCUCAUCCAUCAAUCCUUUUACCGGGGAUUGAAGUGUGUUGUGAUGUCCAAGUUUGAGAUYGAGGCCUUUUGCCGUAUCGUGCAAGAUCACAGGAUUACCAUGGCUUACGUUGUACCCCCUGUCGUACUGCAUUUAGCCAAGCAUCCUGUCGUGGACAAGUAUAAUCUCAAAAGUCUUCGCAUGAUGAAUAGCGGCGCUGCACCCUUGACAAAAGAGUUGGUCGAGGCCAGCUACGCGCGUAUUGGAGUUCCUCUCAAGCAAGGCUACGGUCUAUCCGAGACAAGUCCAACCACACACACACAGCCUUGGGAUAAAUGGCAAACCACCAUCGGCAGCGUCGGUACACUUCUUCCGGGAAUGACGGCCAAAUACAUGUCGGAUGAUGACAAGGAACUCCCACAAGGCGAAGUCGGCGAGCUUUGGCUCAGUGGACCAAACGUCUUCAAGGGAUACCUCAACAACCCCGACGGUACCGCAAACGCACUCACCUCUGACGGCUUUUUCAAGACUGGCGAUGUGGGAUAUCAAGACAAGGAAGGCAACUUCUUCAUUACAGAUCGUCGGAAAGAAUUAAUCAAGUAUAAAGGCUUCCAGGUGCCUCCAGCUGAGCUCGAGGGCCUACUGAUUGCUCACCAGAGCAUCGACGACGUCGCCGUGCUGGGUGUACAUCGCGAGGACCUAGCCACCGAGGUUCCAAUGGCGUUUGUGGUUGUCAAGAAGGGCACUGACGCGAGCCCGUCGCUCGAGAGAGAGAUCGUGGAUUGGCUCGGCGCGAAGGUUGCGAAUCACAAAAAGUUGAGAGGUGGUGUCAAGUUCGUGGACGAAAUCCCAAAGAGCGUUUCGGGCAAGAUUCUCAGGAGAGUCCUCAAGGCGCAAUUUGCCGAGGAGCAGAAGAAGCAGUCUGGAAAGGCGAAGUUGUAG